AUGUCCCCUGGGAGCAAGGUGAAGAGCGAGUACAUGAAGCGCUACAAAGACCCCAGGUGGGACAUGUAUGGGCCCUGCUACCGCGAGCUGCUGCACUACCGCCUGAGCCGCCGGCUGCUGGAACAGGCGCACAAUCCUUGGUUUUGGGACGACUGGGGCCCGGCCAGCUCCUCGGACGACUCGUCGUCGUCGUCAGGCGGCGGGGGCUCCCCGUGUCCGGAGCCUACGGGCGCCCCGGCACUGCCCCCACCUCCCUCUCCACCCAGGCCAGCUGCGCUGGAGGGCCCUGACCGGCCCGAACGCAGCGCUGCACGGGAGUUGGAGGCCUCGGAGGACACUGACGCCCGCGCCGCGGGUCUUUCAGAAUUGCCAGUGAGAGAAGUAGAAGAAAAACCAGAACAAAAAAUCAAAACAAAAGAAACUGACAAACUACCCAGUGGGGUCGACCCUCGACAACAACCAAGUGCCUUGUUUGCUAGAGAAAAUAGGAAAACAGCCAAAAGUCCUCAAAGAACAUCAAGUAAAAUAAGAGAAAACAAGCAUCCAUUUGCUCUUUAUGGCUGGGGAGAAAGACAGACAGAUACAGGAAGCCAAAAAACUCACAACGUCUGUGCUUCUGCCCCUGUGCAUGAGAUUCAUGAAUCAGCAUUACGAGCCAAGAACAGAAGACAAGUGGAAAAAAGGAAACUGGUUGCUCAGAGACAACGUGCCCACUCUGUGGAUGUGGAGAAAAACAGAAAGAUAAAGACUUUCUCUUCAGACAACCCGUGGAUGACAGAGUACAUGAGGUGCUAUUCAGCAAGAGCAUAAAGGCAUAAUUGCUUGGACAGCCUCUUUUUAAAAAGUGUAAAUUAAAGAAAAAAACAAAGUAAACCAAACCAUCAAGGGGACCAAGACACAGGUUUAAGAAACUAACUGAUUAUGCAAGGUUUUCCUUAGGGGAUUUCCAAAAGAUUGUUAUAUUUUGAUG